AGAUCACUUCAUUUCCUUUCUCUGCACCUCAAAUUGGACAUGUGUGUUUAGGUGACUAACAACAGGAGCACCAAAAUGCCUAAUCUUGAACAUCCAGCAUACCCAGCAGCUACGCUGCUUCACUUGGAAAGCUUGGUGCCUUGUCGAGAAUCGCAAGUGUCCAUGCUGCUGUCAAUAUUUGGAGAGCGUCAGCAGUUUAGUUUUCCAUCCAUCUUUAUUUAUGGGCAUACAUCUAGUGGAAAGACCUAUGUGAUGCAAACUCUUCUAAACACCUUAAAGCUUCCUCAUGUGUUUGUGAACUGUGUGGAAUACUUCACUUCACGACUUCUUUUAGAAGAAAUUCUAAUCCAGUUGCAAAGCUGUUCUGAGACAGAACAGACUUCUUGUGUGCCUUGCGAUACUUUCAAUGACUUUGUACGUCUAUUUAAACAAGCUGUUGCAAGUCAAGAGCUUCAAGAUCAAACAUUAUACAUUGUACUGGAUAGAGCAGAGCAGCUGAGGGAAAUGGAAGCAAACAUCCUGCCAGCAUUUCUUAGGCUUCAAGAGUUGACUGACAGAAAUGUGACAGUUGUCCUGCUCAGUGAAAUAGUAUGGGAACUGUUCCGUCCAAAUACUGGAUGCUUUGAGCCAUUCACCUUGUAUUUUCCCGAUUACAGCAUAGGACACCUGCAGAAGAUCUUGUCUCAGAAUCAUCCCGCAGAAUAUUCUGCGGAUUUCUAUGCUGCAUAUAUCAAUAUUCUACUUGGUGUCUUCUAUAUGGUCUGUAGGGACCUGAAAGAACUUCAGCAUCUGGUGAGAUGA